CCCGGCCAUCCGGGCAGCCCAGGCAGUCUGGCCAAGGCGAUGAAGGUGCUGGCCCCGUCAUGCUCACCGUGGAUGAUGUUCUGGAGCAGGUCGGCGAGUUUGGCUGGUUCCAGAAGCAAGCCUUCCUGACCCUGUGCCUGCUCUCCGCUGCCUUCGCCCCCAUCUACGUGGGCAUCGUCUUCCUGGCUUUCACCCCAGAUCACCGCUGCCUGAGCCCCGGGGUGGCCGAGCUGAGCCAGCGAUGCGGCUGGAGCCUGGCGGAGGAACUGAACUACACGGUGCCCGGCCCGGGGGCCGCCGGCGAGGCCUUCCCCCGCCACUGCCGAGGCUACGAGGUCGACUGGAACCAGAGCGGCCUCAGCUGCGUCGACCCGCUGGCCGGCCUGGCCGCCAAUAGGAGUCACCUGCCGCUGGGGCCCUGUCGGCACGGCUGGGUGUACGACACGCCCGGCUCGUCCAUCGUGACCGAGUUUAACCUGGUGUGUGACGACUCUUGGAAGGUGGACCUUUUUCAGUCCUGCGUGAACCUGGGCUUCUUCCUGGGCUCUCUGGGUGUCGGCUACAUUGCAGACCGGUUUGGCCGAAAAUUAUGUCUCUUGGUCACCACCCUCGCCGGUGCCAUCUUGGGUGUCCUCACGGCCGUGGCACCGGACUACACGUCUCUGCUGCUCUUCCACCUGCUGCAGGGGCUGGUCAGCAAGGGCAGCUGGACGUCCGGCUACAUCCUGAUCACAGAAUUCGUGGGCCUGGGCUACCGGCGAAUGGUGGCCAUCCUCUACCAGACGGCCUUCACGGUGGGGCUCGUGCUGCUCUCCGGGCUGGCCUACGUCAUCCCUCACUGGCGGUGGCUCCAGCUGGCCACCUCCCUGCCUACCUUCCUCUUCCUGCUCUACUACUGGUGCGUGCCCGAGUCUCCCCGGUGGUUGUUGUCACAGAAGAGAAACUCUCAAGUGAUAAAGAUAAUUGACCACAUUGCCCAGAAGAAUGGGAAAUCACCUCUCCCUGAUCCCAAGAUGCUCUCUCUCGAAGAGGAUGUCACCAAAAAGCUGAGCCCCUCUUUUGCAGACCUGUUCAGCACGCCACACCUGAGAAAGCACACCCUUAUUCUGAUGUACCUGUGGUUCACGAGCUCCGUACUCUACCAGGGCCUCAUCAUGCACGUGGGUGCCACGGGCGGGAACCUCCACCUGGACUUCCUGUACUCGGCUCUGGUUGAAUUCCCAGCGGCCUUCAUCAUCCUCACCACCAUUGACCGCUUCGGCCUCAUCCGCCCGUUGGUGGUGUCCAAUCUGGUGGCGGGGACAGCCUGCGCCAUCAUGAUCUUUAUCUCCCACGAUCUACACUGGCUGAACAUCGCAGUGGCUUGUUUUGGCCGCAUGGGAAUCACCAUCGUGUUCCAGCUGGUGUGCCUGGUGAACGCCGAACUGUACCCCACAUUCAUCAGGAAUCUUGGAGUGAUGGUGUGUUCCUCCCUGUGUGAUCUGGGUGGAAUCAUCACCCCCUUCCUGGUCUUCAGGCUGAUGGAGGUUUGGCAAGGCUUGCCACUCAUUUUGUUUGCGCUGUUGGGCCUGGUUGCCGGGGGAAUGACGUUGCUUCUUCCUGAGACCAAAGGUGUCACCUUGCCAGAGACCAUCGAGGAUGCGGAGAACCUCGGGAGGAUAGCAAAGCCCAAAGAAAACACGAUUUACCUUCAGAUCCAAACAUCGGAACGUGCUGGCACCUGAGAGAGAUGCUUCAUGGGAACUGAGUGGCAGAGAGGAAGAUGGGGUUUUCAUCUGAAGAAAAGAAACCCUGAUUUCUCUGUGCUCUUCCUCACACUUGCCUGCCCCUAAACCAAAGCCUAAAGAACACUAAAUGUGCUUUGCUUUAUUUUCUUUCUUUGAAAUCUCCCAAAGCCCUAUCUUUUAUCUACUUACUUUUCCUGGUGAGAACUGUCGGUGGUUACCAGUUACUUAAUUAUCUGAAAUAUUUGGAAGAUCCAAUAGAAUUUAAAUAUUACUAUAAAAGAGGCCUCUGUCACUGGUUUCCUAAAGGCAGUGUUGUUUUAUUCACUAUUUGAAAACAAAUGUCAUUGUAUCUGUAGUAUCUAUCUUGGCAAAAGUAUUUUAAUAUGUUGCCUUCUUGAAGGGCACUUUGUUUUCAAAUAUGGCGGCACUUCCUACAAAUGGUACCCGAAUUGUGUUGGAAAUAUGAUCCUUCUCUGAAGGCUAGAAGAACUGUAACCUUUUUAGGAAGCAGUUUUUGUCCCCUUUGCUCCAGGAAUAUUGUAUUUUAUUUCACUCUUGGUUUUUGUUCUUGUUGGUGAUUCUAGAAGUUUAACUCCUAUGCCAACUGCAAAAUAUUCUAGUAAAUACAUCAAAAGGA